CGUUUCCAAUCAAAUACACUCAUCUAAGUUGGGAUGUCCCUGUGGACAGCCCAAGUGUUUGCUUCAUGGCAGAAUGUGAAACAGUAAGAAGCUGACGAUCAACCAGCUAAGCUACAGCUACCAAGUUGCUGCUGAUGUCUUUCCAUUGAAAAUGACCCCAUGAGGUGGGUUUGUUAAGAUCGUAUGAUUCUCUUCAUCAUGUUAUUAGUUGUGGCUAAUUGUGAUUAGGGUUUUGGGGGAGGGGAAAUUGAGGGGCCAUUGAAAUUGCAAAGUGAUGAUGGUCAGUGAGUGGUUUCACUUAUCCCAGUGUGGGUGAUGAUUUUUUUUCAGGGGGCGCAGAGGCAAGCUGGCCAAGUUGUAGGAAAAACCAGCCAUAUGGUCCUGCCUUUAAUGGAAAGCUUUGAAAAUACAUACGGUAGCUAGAGUGGUGGCCGAGAGAGGACAUCAUAGAGAGAGCCCCCAUGCCAACAAAGCAACAACCAGGGAAUGGAAAAAAAAAAGAACUUUCUUGUAAUUAGAUUGAUCGAUUCGAAAAGUAUAAUCUAUUUGGGUUUAUCAAGUUCGAUAUUCGAUUCAUUUAGGUUUUUUUUUCUCUCUUUCGUAGAGGAAUUCGUUCUUUACGAAUGCAAUAUAUGACUCUCCGUUGUACUACACUCAACCAAGUGUGUGUGUUCCCCCCUUUUUCCUUAAUCCGUAUCAUGGGAAUUUUUGAAAUAACUCUGAUGCGAAGAAAAGAGAAGCGUUAAAGAGACACCAGCUUAGACUCUACUACUACGGGAUUGAAACCAAAUUGAAAAUGUAGUAAAGAUUAGAAAUAUGGCAUUUACUUUAUAUAGCAAUGGUGAAACUAGAUUGUACACCUUUGUGAAUAUUUAGGUAAGAAACUCGCAUAUGAACCUGGCGAAACACGCGUCUAGAAGAGAGGGGGAAAAAAUUAAGAUAUAAACGAGAAAGAAUGCGAGUAUUUCUAAAUAAAAUAACUACGAGUGACCUUUUUCAUUCACACCUAUGUAUUGUAAUUUGUACAGCAAAGACGGUAACUUUCACUUAAAAAACACAACUUUCACUAAUUAACUUGAUGUUAUAACUGCACUGUUACGGAUAGGAAAUCGUCGGAAUCGAGAAAGCGAGAAUACGAAAGCGAGAAUAAAAAAUAGACACGCGAUAUACGUGGUUCACUAACACAAUGUGUGUUAGCUAGUCCACGGGCAGGAGAGGGUCUAAACUCUAAAUAUAAUCCAAUCUGAUAAAAAAAACAAUUACAGAUGACCAAACCCAAAACUGACAACUCAAACGUGUAUUGACCCAUACCUCGUGACUUCCCAUCGUAGCGGCUGAUAAUUCGAUUCAAGCUACAUGAUCAAGAAAAGUUAUCAAAAUUAGUGUCAAAUCAGUCAUCUCACCUCUUCAUUAAUAAACAGCUAGUACAAAGAUAAGUUGAUGGUUUUUUGUUGGCUGGCGAUGAGGAAUUUGGGCCAGGCAGCCUGUAACAACAAAUGCCGUCGUCUUUGGCAGAGUGCAUGUGUGGCAGCAGCUGGAAGAAAAUAGACACCCCGUCGUUUUCACUCUCAAACGGCUAUUAGAUCUUUUCAUUAUUAUUUUUUUUCUCUGUCUGCCUGCCACUUGGUCGAUCGUCGCCGCCGCCAUGAGUACCACCGCGCCGGCACCGGUGAAUGAGAAAAGUAGCCGUUGCUUUCGGCUUUUUUUCACCCUGAAACGGAAGGGUGGGGGGCCCGGCCGGCCGGCAGAGUGGUCUACUUAUUGUACUCUCUUUUCCUUUCGGUGUGGGGCUACGGCCUUGUCAGCUCCAGCUGGCGGAACCAAGCUUCCUCCCUCCUUAUCCGGCCGUGGCCAGCCCAGCCGGGGACUUUAAUUACUCCGCUGCUUUGAUUAUUGUCUCUAAUCACUUUUGAUUAUGUUAAUUCCUUUAAAUAGUUUAUGAAUCCUCUCUAUACAAUUGUCGGUCAUGAGUCCAGGGCCGUCCCAUUAUAUUCGGAGGUCCUGUUCGAAAAUUUAAAUGUGGUUCCAAAUUUUUUCUCACAAAUUUAUUAAAGAUAAAAAUUAUUAGAUAAUAAUAAAAAUUACAUAUCUUCAAAAAAUUAUUACAAAUUAAUAAUAUUAUAUAUUAUCAAAUAUUAUCUACACUUAGAACUACCUUUUUCAAAUUUUUGGAUUGAUUUUAUAACCAAAGAUUAAUGAUUCCAAAUUUUCAUAUAAGUUCUUUGCAAAAGAAAAUGAUAAGUAUUAGAACUUAAAACAAGUUGAUUAAGAGUCUGGAUAGUAAGGAUGAGAACUUAAUCAGAAUUGGGUGUGAACAAUUCAUAUAAGCUUUGGAUGAUUUUGGGAAGUUGAGAAAUUUUGGGGAAAGAGAAGAAUAGAAGCGUUAAAAACUCUAAUUGUUAUUUAAAAUUCAACAAAUCAAUGUAGUUUAGUGGUUGAAUCUCCUUUUAAUUAGAAGGAGGUCGAUGGUUCGAUUCCCGUCCCUGCAUCCUUGUACAUGGAGUUUUUGUGUAGGCCUUGCCAGCCCAAGGGGGCCUCCAUGGACUUCGCUAGCCCAAGUGGGCCUCAAUUCCCCUAGUCCUUGCCAGCCCAAGGGGGCCUCCAGACUCUUAUGGAUUAUGUGGGCUUCGCUCUAGCCCAAACAGGCCUCCAAAACAUAUGGAUUAUGGAUAAUGGGCCCCCAAAACUUGAGGCCCUAUGCUGUGGGUCUGACCAGCACAGGGCCUGGGUCGGGCCUGCAUGAGUCGAUGUGCAAUUGUUGAUCACUUGGUGAGCAAGUAGGACACAAAAAGCUAUUUUCACUUUUAUAGGUAAAAUUGUUUUUUACCACGAUCCAACCUUUGAUCAUUAGAAUAAAAAGUUGGGUUAAUAUUUUUCGUAUGGCCUGAACUUUGACCAAAAUAAAUAUCAUGGUCAAUCUUUUCGAUCUAUAACAUCCUGGCCCGAACUAUACACCAAAAUAAACAAUUUGGCCAGCUCCGACUUUUGACCGUUAACUUGGACGGUCAAACGUGUUGACCGUUAGUCAACGCGCCAUGUCACUGCCAUGUAAACAUAAAAUAUUUAAUAUAAUUCACAAUUUCCACACAUUCCCUAAUUUUAAAUUAUUAUAAAUUAAAAAAAAAUCAUCUAAUACCUUAGUUAAACCAAAAAUAAAAAAAAAUAUUUAUCAGAUCUUCUAACUUGGCAAUGACGUGGAAGUGACGUGGCGCGUUGACUGUUAGUCAACGCGUUUGACCGUCCAAGUUAAUGGUCAAACAUCGGGUUUGGCCAAAUUGUUUAUUUUUGUGUAUAGUUCGGGCCAGGAUGUUAUAGAUCGAAAAGAUUGGCCAGGAUGUUUAUUUUGAUCAAAGUUCAGGUGAUACGAAAAUAUUAACCUAAAAAGUUAUUCUGAAAUUUUUGAGUGGUAGGAUGUAGCAAGUCGUUUCGGCAUCGUGUUGAUUCUUUAGCUUGUGAACAUUUUUUUUUUCUUUCGUUGAGAACGUUGUUAAGCAAAUUAAACAUACUCAUCUCCCAGCAGACCAUUGUUAGGAAAUAUGUUUGACAAUGAAAAAUUUAGACAUUGUUUUAAUGUAAACAAAUAAUUUGGGUUGUUUGUAUUUGUUUCAAUUACGAGCUAGAAUUAGUUGGCGGAUCUUUCAAACUUGACCACUACAUUACUAUAAAUUUACGCGGCCUAAUCGUGGUCCAGAUCGAGUUUAAUCCCGCGAUGUUCACCCAAAACCCAAUAGCGAUGUUACCCUACCCAUCGUUUGUUGAUGAAAGAAACCUGGUGCAGCAGACAUAAAUGAGAAGACAAACAAUCUAAUACCAUUCCGAUGAACAAUGUUACACCAAAAUGGAAUGAUGUACACACACUCCACGUUCUAUCCUAUCUAUCUUGUCUUGUCGACCGAAGAAGAGCCUUGUGUACGUGAUUACACUGCAAAAACAUAUACCGCCAUUGUUAAUUCUGCUAACCCAAAACGGGCAAACCCUCCAAUCUGGUGGGCACCUAACCUAAUUACCCUCUCCAUGAAAACGGCUGCAGAGCAAUUUCGAGCCCCUGAUGUGUCAAGUCCUGUUUGGAUACUAGCUAGCUCCUCUGUUAAUUGCAAACAAUUAUGGGUUCCUUUUUUCUGAUCACAAGUCCCUCUCGAUCGAUCAGGAUAUGCUCUUCACAACGUACAAGGGAACUGGAACUUGACGAUUCCUUUCGUAUAUCCUGCUACUCAUGGGUCUAAUCACAUCCAUAUGAAUCUUCUUUCUACAGUCUACACAUAAAGCUAUAUACGUAGUAAAAAGGUAAAGGCAAUGAAUGACUAAUACGUCUCCUUCUCCUCUAUGUGUUUACACGUUCUUGUGUCGUGUUGGAAUCUUUCCAUGGAUCAUAUAGAGUGGCAUGCAGUGGCGUAGCCGGAAAUUUUGUUAAGGUGCAGGUCGAACAACUGUAUAGACCGUUGUGAGCGGUUAGCAUCAAAUGGCAGUCGACAACCUGACUCAGAUGUUGGGGAACCGCUAUCAUGUCCUAAACGGCAUUUUCGAGAAACAAGCUGAGAUUUUUUUUGCUGUUAAAUAGAUGAUGAAUACGCUACGGAAUGACGAGCGGCUAACAGGAGAUAUCGCAAGAUCGUCAAAACUCAAACCGACGACCAUGAAUGUCAAAGUGGAUCGACAAGGUUUAGAGGAAUUAUCAUCAUCAUUAAGUUUAGUCCUAUUGUCAAUGUUUAGUUUAAGUUUGAGUUUUUAUGUUUGUUUAUGUUAAUUGUUCUCCAAAAGCAAGCUGGUACGAUCUGUCUUGUAGUGCCAAGCUUGAGUAUUUAAACCCAAGUAUGAAUGAGAAACACCCAAGUCUUCUAGGGUUUUCAUUUCCCCCAACUCAACUUUGUUGUUAGCGGCAAGCGAACAAACCGAGUAGUAACUAGCAGAUGACGACUGACAUGAUUACUAGAUUGAGGUUGUGGCUUGUAGGAAUUCCAGAAUCAUGGUUCGUGAGUAGAAGACAAAUUGAUUGAUGAUAAUUUGGGAGGAGAUCGUAUAAGGAAUUGUGAUAUAGCUAAGUAAAACCAAUCAUCUGGAUUGAUCUCAGCUUUGUGGAUUGGACAAGGUUGUGUUAUUUUCAAAAAUUUACAUCGUGUUCUAUCUAACCGUUAAGUCUUCCUUGGAAGUUUGAAGUGGCAUAUCUGUCUAAACAUGAUUAUUGCUAAUAAGGUAGUAUCAUUGGAGGACUAAUGGUGUCUACCAAAUCAAAGCAGGUUUGUAUUAGCGUUUUUUCUUGUUGGGUGUCCACACUUGGCAGUCACAACAAGAACGGUUGAUCCUUUCAAAUUUAUUUGAUGAUCAUAAUACGGUUGAAAAGAAGGUAUAAAAAAUAAGUGAAGUUGUUAGUUGUUACGAACGAAGUACAAAGGUUUGACUAGUUUUCCCCGGCAGACUUAGCGGUGCCAUUUCCAACGUCCCUAAUAAUCCAAACGCCCUCCUUCAAGAAAAAAACAAUGAAUAAUAAAUAAAAACGUCAAUACUUUUUUUAUUAAGGACUAAAAAACGUCAAUACUUAGAUGGAGCAUUUUUUUGGGUAGAUGAGAUAGAAGUAUUAGUAUAUUUAUUACAGUAGAAAAUAGUUAUUAGGAGGCUUCUACAGUAUCACGAGUAAAAUCUGGGGUAUCGCAUAUUUUGAGUAUGAAAAUGCUAUUUAGACCUUGAAUUAACAGGAUUUCUGCCCUGAUACUAUGCCAUAACCCUUAAUGAGUGAAAUCUAGGUUCUAAUUACUAAAGCAUAAACUAUAAACCCUUAUAUGGUGCUUUCAUUUUUUGCCUAUAUUUGGAUGAAUCAUGACCGUUGAUUUUUGUUUCUAUUUAAAUUGAUCUUAGGGUAUAAAAUUAGAGAAUUAAGACUUUGAUUUUGAUCUUUAAGGGGUCGUUUGGAAGUUGCGAUUGUUAAAUAAAUGUAUUGUUGAGAAUGCAUGUAUAAUAUUAUACAUGCAUUGUCGAAUUUGAUGCAUUGUAGAAUACAACGUUUGGUAUGUGUGAUUGUGUAUGUCGCAUCAACUAAAAGUUGAGACAAAACAAUCUCAACUCAACUAUCUCAACAAUCACAACUAAAAGUUGAGAUAUAACAAUCACUCUAAACGAGUGAUAGUUUACGUCACAUCAUAGAAACAAUCUAUGUAUUGUUUCUGCUAACAAAACAAAAAAAUGAUGCAUUGUAAACAGUACAUGCAUAAUGACAAUCUCAACAAAACAAUCGCAACUACCAAGCGACCACUAAGGUUUAAAGUAUAAUAUCAUGUCCGAAAUAUAAGCCAAUUUAAAGU